UAAUCUCGAGCAGAGCAGGAAACUUUCCAGACGUGUUUCUGCGCCGUCCUGCAGCAGCAGGUCUGCUUCUUCCUCCAUGGAGUCUCACAUCAAACAAGGGAAAGUUUUCCUUCAGCGCCACAAACCCAACAAAAAAUGGAAACCAGUGCUGCUGUCUCUGGUCGCCUCCAGCAGCAGCGGAGUGGGUCGGCUGGAGAUCCGGGAAGCAGGAGGAGGCGGCGAUCACAGCCCCGGGCCCUGGAGACACCGCCCGCUUCACGCGGACAGGAAAGUGAAGGUGAUCCGACUGUCGGAGCUGAACUCGGUUCUGAAGCUGCCGCCCAACGCUGAGGCCUAUCCCAUGGAGAACAUGUCGGCGUUCUGUGUGGAGACCCAGGAGAGGACGCUGGUGUUCGCUGCUCUUAAGGGCGACUGUGUGGACUGGGUGGACAAACUGUGUCAGAGCAGCUUCCAGAGAGAAGAAAGUUCAGGAUCCACUCAGGUCCACAUGGAGGACAACCAUAUUUAUGCCUCAGCAGACGAAGCCCCCCAGUUCUGGGUGAUGAUUCAGAAGACGGACGCGGCGACCCGGUGUGGCCUGAAGGGGGCGUACUGCCUGCAGGUGGAGGCGCAGUCGCUGCUGCUGAAAGACACGAAGAAGAAGACGGCUGUCUACGAGUGGCCGUAUGAACUGCUGAGGCGAUACGGGGCUGAUAAGGUGGCCUUUAACAUCGAAGCCGGCCGGCGCUGUGGAUCCGGACCUGGAACCUUCUCCUUUGAGACCCAGCAGGCUGAGAAAAUCUUCUCCCUGAUUCGGAGCAACAUCCAACAAAGAGCCACGGCUGCUGAAACCCCGGAGCCAGAGAAAGUUACUGUGACCAGCCUGCGGCCUCAUUCCCCUCUACCCAGAAUCCCCGACGCUCCCAGCCUGGCAGCCAUCAUGGACACCAAGCUGAGGAUGCAGGACAGGAGAUCUCCUGUGUUUGACAACGUGGCAAAAAGCCUGGAAGAGUCGAGCAGUCCGUCAGAAGGUCCUCCUCCCAUCACCUUGAUGCCUCUGCCGUCGGUUCCUACUCAUGACAUCACCUGCCGAGACAAACCCAAGAGCCAAUCAGACGCCAUAUACGCUGAUCCGAACCGACUGCUUCCCAGUUGUAGAAAUACCCGCACCAACCACGGCUAAGUACAUCGACCCGGUGAAAGUCCUCCCUCUGAAGCCGCCAUGUGCACAAGAAUCCGCCGCCGCCUGUCCCGCCAUCGCAGAGUCACAUCCCAACCCCAAUAUAAAUGUUCCGGAUUUAGUUUACUCAGAGGUUCUGGAUAGCAUCAGUUCAGACCAGAGCAAGCAACGCGUUCCACACACGGCCGAUGAGCCCAUUUACUCUGAGCCCGUCACCAAAGCAGAUUCUAAAACUGAGCCCAAACCCGACCCGUUUGCUCACCUUUACGCUCAAGUCUGCAAAGCAGCAACUUUAGGUAAAAACUCAGCGUCUGCCACCACGUCAGCUUCCUCCUCCACCAUCACCAGUCCAACCGGAUCCGGAGGGGAACCGGUCAGUGAUGUCAUCUACGACAACCUGGGCAUCAUUUAAAUCACCAAACCCCAAAUCUGCAACUCAGGACUCUUUUCUUUGGUUUAAAACUCUUCUUUGCACAAAGAUUAAAUAAACCAGUUUUAUUCUACUGUA